AUGGACAAAUACGAGGAGAACAUUUUACGGCUAAACAAAAAAAUUCGUGAUUUAAUUACUCAACUAGACAGUUCGGAUACAAAAAAUCGCAAACUACAACAAGAGAACAGUGUGCUAGUGGAGGAUGUUGCCAACUUCCGUGUACAAUAUGCAAUGGCCGAGGAGGGACGCCUGCGAUGCAAGACGGUGCUAGAAAAGGAAAUCAUUAGAAACGCGGAGCAGUACGAGGCGCAUGCUUUACUCAAGAAACGUUACAAUGAUCUUAUACACGAGUACAUUGUGCAAAACCAGAAACUGAAAUCCUACGAGCAGAGCGCGAAAGAAGCGAAACAAUCGAGAGCGAAGAGGAAACAGGUUCCAGUGGAAAUUAUCGGUAAUCUCUCUGACAUAGGAAAACCCAAAGCCUUGGAGGACAAAGUCGCUACUCUCGAACAUAGGUGCGGUGCUUUGGAAAAGGAACUCUACAAAGCCUAUGACACAAUUGAUGAUUUAGAGUUCGAGUUAGAAUCGAUUGACCAUCUUGAAACAACUAACGCACGGUUGGAGCGCCAAGUGAAAAAAUUGAAUGCUCAGUUGGAUUUAUGCCGUUGCGAACCACUGACACCUGUCAGCGCUAACAUUGUAACCUCAUCCUUGAAUCAAGCUACAUUGUAA